AUGCCGCGAAAAUAUAUAAGAAAAUCUGAUAGAAGCAGAUAUGAUUAUGAUAAAUUAACUGAGGCUGUCAAUGCAGUAAAAAAUGGAACGAUAUCUGCAUACACCGCAUCAAAACAAUAUAAUAUCCCAAGAACAACAAUUGUCAACCGUGUAUACGACCGCAAAGGUUUAAAAUCCAAAACUUUAGGUAGGUGUACUGCAUUACCCAGGGAUGUGGAAGAAACGCUUGCGGAAAAUCUCCACGUAAUGGAAAAAUCAGGGUUUGGGUUAACGCGCAAGGAAGUGAUUGAAUUGGUUGGCCAAUACGUGGUUAAGAAUAAUAUUAAAACCCCGUUUAAAGAUGGAAUCCCUGGUGAGGACUGGUUUAUUGCUUUUAAAAAUAGACAUGGCCUUUCUGUUAAAAAACCUCAGGCCGUUGAACACGCGCGUAGAACUGCAUGCAGACCUGCCGUGAUCUACGGUUACUUUGAUUUAUUAGAGAAAACUAUUAAUGAACUGGGCCUUACGUGA